UUUGCUCUGCUUCGCUUCGGUUGACGUCGCCGCCGUUGUCCCUGCCCUCCUAAUCGGAAGAAGGGUUUUGCUCCCCUUGGCUCGAUGGCGCUCUACCGCCGCCUCCUCCUCAUCCGCCGCCUCUCCCAUUCCGACUUCCUCCCUUACACCAUAAACCCCCAGCCUGCCCUCUCGUCCCCACUGCUCCCUCCAUCUCGCCACUUCGCCUUCUCCUCCGCCGAGGAGGCCGCUGCCGAGCGCCGCCGCCGCAAGCGCCGCCUCCGCAUCGAGCCACCGCUCCACGCCCUGCGCCGCGACCCCUCCUCUCCGCCACCCCAGCGGGACCCCAACGCGCCCCGCCUUCCCGAAACCACCUCCUCGCUCGUCGGCCCCCGCCUCAGCCUCCACAACCGCGUCCAGUCCCUCAUUCGCUCUGGCGACCUCGAUGGCGCCACUGUUGUCGCCCGCGCCGCCGUCUCCUCCCGUGUCCGUCCGACCGUAUUCACCUGUAACGCCGUCGCCGCCUCCAUGGUCCGCGCCGGCCGCUACGACGACGCCGUCUCCCUCUUCGACUUCUUCUUCCGCCGCUCCAACAUCGUUCCCAAUGUCGUCUCCUACAACACCCUCAUCCUCGCACACUGUGAGGCCGACCGCGUCGACAAAGCGCUCCAGGCCAACCAGGAGUUGCUCGACGGCGCUACCUCCUUCUCCCCCUCUGCAGUCACCUAUCGCCACCUCACCAAGGGCCUCGUCGCCGCCGGCCGCAUCCAGGAAGCCCACCAACUCCUCCACGAGAUGUAUAACCGCGGCCAUGGCGCCGACUCCAUCGUCUACAAGAACCUCAUCGAUGGCUACAUCCACCUCGACAACUGGGGCAAGGCCUUCGAGCUCUUUGACGAGCUCCGGGAGAAGGCUGCUGUUUAUGAUGGCGUCGUGCACACUAGCUUCAUGGAGGGGUACUGGAAGAAAGGCAUGGACAAGGAGGCCAUGGAGAAUUACGAGUCUCUGCUAGACAGAAAGUUCAAGAUGACACCUGCCACCUGCAACGUGCUGCUCGAGACACUCUUCAAACAUGACAAGCUCAAGGAGGCGAAUGACCUAUGGGAGACCAUGGUUGACAACCACACCCCGCCAAGCUUCAUCGGAAUCAACAGUGAGUCCUACAAUGUCAUGGUCAACCAGUGCUUCAAGGAGGGCAAGUUUCACGAGGCCAUCAAGGUGUUCCACAGGCAGCCUAGGAAGAAUGUCCAGAUUGAUGUAGGCUGCUUCAACAACAUUAUCGGGAAGCUCUGUGAGAACGGGCUUCUAUCAGAGGCCGAGAUGCUCUUCCAGGAGAUGGAGAGCAAGUCGGUGCUUCCAGACGUGUACACCUACACUUACCUAGUCGACUCAUGCUUCAAGAUUUGUCGUGUGGAUGACACGAUGCAGUAUUUCUACAAAAUGGCCGAUGGGAGGGAGCACGGGCCAAAGUUUAAUAUCGGUUUCUUCAAUCGUAUGUUUGAAGGACUUACAGAAGCUGGCCGUAUUGAUGAUGCCUUGAAGGUGUAUGGAAGAAUGCCUGACAAGGAGAUCAAGCCAAACACAACCACAUUUGAGAUCCUGGUUAAGGCAUUGUGCAAGGAAAGGGAAUUAGAUAGAACGCGAGACCUGGUGAGGGACAUGUCAAGGGGUGGUGUUGUAGCUCCUCCCGAGUUUCGUGAGUUUGUCAGUGAGAUUUUCAAGAAUGCCGAUCGGCACGAUGAGAUCGAGAAAGCUUUUGAAGAAAAACCAGAGCCACCGUCUCAGCCAAGGCCAGACUUUCGCCCUCGCAAUUCACCUCAGGGCCUACCAGGAUUUGCAUCUAAUCAGACACAGGGCAGCUACACAGCUCAGCAAGGUCAAGCAGGCUAUGGUUCUCCUCGACCAUUUCAACCUGGCAAUGAUGCAUCUCAGGUGCAGCAACCUGAGUGGAUGUCUCCUAAAUCUCAGCAGCCUGUAUUUGGAAAUCAACAAGUUGAAAAGACAGAAGUUGGUGCUCCUCAGUGUGGUCUACCUUCUCAAGGAAAACAACAUGGGAUUGCCCUGCCUCAAGAUCAACAGGCAGAGUUUGGCACCUCUCUCCCUUAUCAGCAUGCAGUUGGUGCUUCUCAAGUGCACCAACCAGAUUUUCGCUCAGCUCCACCGGUGCAGCCUGGAUUUGGUACUCGUCCACAACAACCAACAGAUAUUUCUCACCAGGCUCAACAUCCCCGGUUUGGAACAUCUCGCCCAUGGCAGACAGCGUAUGAUGCUCAGCAAGUGCAUCAUCAAGCGCAACAGCCUGAGAAUGGCACUCAUCAGGCGCAACAGCCUGAGAAUGGCACUCAUCAAGCGCAACAGCCUGGGUAUGACGCCCCUCAAGCGCAACAGUCUGGUUAUGGCGCUUAUCAGCCAUCACGGGCAUUGCUUGGUACUCAUGAAGCACCCCAGUCUAGUUUGGGUUCUUGGUCUCCUCAGGGAGGACCGAAAUUUGCCACUCAGACACCACAGCAGGACUUUAAUGCUCAGACACCAGAUGAUAUAGCUGUCAAGUACAGUCAGCAUUACUAGUUUUUUUUUUUGCGAUCUUGGGCUCCAGACCAAGUAUACCCUAAGUCAAUGAGCAGGACAUUGUCAACAAUUUUGUUGUCUUUGUUUACAACAAGCUUCUGCAUGAAUGGAAUGGUCUGUAAGCUGAUCGAGAAAAGCAGGAAGUAGGCGAUUAAGUGGCCAGGUUCUAGUAAUUUUCAGACAUUUUGGGUGUCAAUAUUUGCACAUUUGGCCGUCAUUGGUCCAUAAUAGGAUUGUAAUAAGUGGGCCUGAUAAUUCACAUUCACGAUGAGCUGGGGUCAUCAUAUCCACCCGAACAACCAUUGAAGGGUUUAGCAGUAUGAAUUUGAUAUUGGUAGUGUUUUACCACAGAGAUGUUCGCUGCAUAGAUUGUUGUUUCUUUCAGUUUUCAUUCCAUAUGUAGGCAGGUAGUAAUUUCUGGUUGUUUAAUCACACAUACAGCUUUAUUGCUUUGACUCUGUAUUGUUGAACUAUUAAUGCAUUGUGAUACAUAUUGUUAGGUUCCGUAGUUAUUUCUGCAAAACAUCAGUCAUCUGCAUCAAAGGUUUUGUGUAUCUGCUGCAAAAGACCAUCAAGAGAAAAGUCUUGCUGGUGCAUUUGUAUGGCCAAGUGCCGUAGUUUGCAUUUCCUGCUAUCCAAUGCUGUUAUCAUCAUCAUCAUCAUCAUCAUCAUUGAGAACUUGUGCUGGCAGCCUCGCACAACUCUUAAAUAUUUCCUACAGGGUUAUACUGUAGUGGGAUAAUGGUUGUUGUGGGGACUGGGGAGUGUGUCUACGGGCAGAUUCUGACUGGAGAGAUCUUUGAAGGGACCAUUCAACACAUGGUGAAAAUACAAGAGGUACUAUUGGUACCUCAAAAGAUAAGAUUGACUCGUCAUUCAGUAUGCCAGCUGACAAUACUUAAUCUAUUUUACUUGAUGACGUGUUCCAAACAUUUCCUCAACAGACAAGGGGCCAUUCAAGGUAUAGUUGGUAUGCCUGCUCUAGAGAUGAGCUUAGAAGCAUUUGGCAUUACCUAAUAUUGAUCUGCAGGAGAAGUCAGCAUCAUCGAAUGUUUUAGGCAGCAAUAUUGUCUAUACCCAUGUUGUUGCUACUUCUUAUACAAUGGAUAAGCUUGACUGUUCAGAAGGUGUUGCAGUUGAUGUAGAUUAGUGAGUGAUUUGAGAAUUUCUUCAAUACAUCACGAUUAGUUAUUCAAGGAAGGUACUAGUUCUGCUUCCUGGGUUGGGGGCAGGGCACAAAGCAAUGUCUCCUUUUUCUGAGUUGCAGGGGAAGAAGCUUGCCAUAUAUGUGAGCUCAAACACCAAUGCUGUUUGUAGGCUCAUAGCAGUGGUGCUGUUGCAAAAAAAGACUCAGUGCAAAGAAUAAGCUGCUUCUAUGGGUUGUUUAGCCACGGACCAAUUUCUGAAUAAAUCAGCUGAGGAUAAAGAAAGGUUUAUGUCCAAGGACAAUGUGCAUUGGUUGAAUCAAUUGGCUUGCCAUCCUUUGAGUUUAAGUUUUGUUUAGUCCAAGUGCCCUCAGUCUCACUGGGUGUUAUGAAUCAGGUUCUCACCGUUAGGAGAUGGCAGAGAUUUGUAUGUUCAUUGAGAAGCAAUAUUACAUUGUUUGGAGUACCCACAUGUUUCAGAUAUAGACGCUACAUGUCAAUUGUAUGUGCAGAAAAUUAUUAUUCUUCAGAUAUUUUCUGUUUACUAGAGUACUGUCAUUUUUUUCA